CAGCGGUGCGGCUCGCGCUCACUCAGCCGCUGGUGCCAACCGCACUCACACAGCUCCAACGUGUACUUUACUUUACUUUCAAAUUUCACCCCCCCACCCCUCAGCACGGACUUUUUAAAAAGCCCUUUCUGUAAAACUCUCGCUCCCUCGCAGCCAGUCGCUGUCAGGACAGAGGACUUGUUCCCGCAGCCGAACGCAGGCGCUUAAUUUAUUUUGAAAGUUGGAUUAACAGCGGAGCCACUUAAGCCGAGAGGAAAUAUCGUCCGCCAGAUGCUGCUCAGAUGAUGAGCGGCAGUGAAGGGCUGCAGAUUGGGGAAAUCAGCGGAAUCCCGUGCCGUCAACGCUCCUGUAUCAAAGAUGGCCUGAUGUUCAGAUUACUCCUCUCUCCUUUCUCCCUCUCUGCAGCGUGGCGAGCAUAGAUAAGCCCCCUUAUGAGGUGAAAACUCUUCCCCCGUCCUGCAGUAUCCCCUCCCAGUGCCAACAGCAGGAAUAAGGGAUGUCACGGCUGUUCCUCCUUUUGGCAAUACUCGUCGUCUCCUGCAGCAUCCAGGUGUCUCCCGCUGCCACCCUGGAGAAGCUGAAGGAGAAAUGGAAACUGUACAUGGAGGAGUGUGAGCACAACAACACGCGAGACCCACCAAGCACUGGCCUCGUGUGCAACAGGACUUUUGACAAUUAUGCCUGUUGGCCUGAUGGACUCCCCAACACCACUGUCAGUGUGUCAUGUCCGUGGUAUCUGCCCUGGCACCAUAAAGUUCAGCAUGGCAUGGUGUAUCAGGAAUGUGAUGCAAACGGCCAGUGGGUGACUACGAAGAAUACCAGUGAGUGUGACUCUAAUGAUGCGAAACAGCAGUACUAUGGCUAUAUUCGGAUCAUGUACACAGUGGGCUAUUCCUUAUCACUGGUGGCUUUGGUGUUGGCACUUGGCAUCCUCAUAUUCUUCAGGAAGCUGCACUGCAUGAGGAACAACAUCCACAUGAAUCUGUUUGCCUCCUUCAUCCUGCGAGCGCUGUCUAUCCUCAUCAAAGACGCGCUGGUGGUGGCCAACAUCACAUCUCGGGACCUCAGCAGAGACCAGGAGCAGGGAUUCCCCCAGGCAUCUAUGCCUCCAGUGGAGAUGCUGUUCAGCAAUGAGACAACGAUUAGCUGCCGCAUCGCCGUGGUGAUGAUGCAGUACAGCAUCAUGGCCAACAGCUACUGGCUGCUGGUGGAAGGCAUCUACCUCCACAACCUCCUGGUGAUCACUGUGUUUACAGAGAGGAACUACUUCAAAAUCUACCUGUGCAUUGGCUGGGGUACCCCGUUAAUAUUCCUCUUGCCCUGGGUGAUAACUAAAUACCUGUAUGAAAAUCAAGAGUGCUGGGAGCAAAACAUAGACAUGAAUUACUGGUGGAUCAUCCGUUCCCCGAUACUGCUAGCAGUUGUGAUUAACUUCCUCAUCUUUAUCCACAUCAUUAAAAUUCUUGUGUCAAAACUUCGAGCGCACCAAAUGAGAUACACAGAUUACAAGUUCAGGUUGGCCAAGUCGACUCUAACCCUGAUUCCUCUGCUGGGCAUCCACCAGGUGGCCUUUAUCCUUGUAACAGACGAAUCCACCAAGGCCACCAUCACUCUGCGUCUCACCAAGCUCUUUAUCGACCUCUUCUUCUCCUCCUUCCAGGGUCUCUUGGUGGCCAUCUUGUACUGCUUUGUCAACAAAGAAGUGCAGUCGGAGAUUCUGAAGAAAUGGAAGCGCUGGAAGCUUGGGAGGAACAUCGAGGAGGAGUACCGCCACACCUACAGCAAUACCCCCAACACGAAGACAGGCAGCCUGUUGAACCACGUCUCUCAUUUGCCUCACCUGCCGGACAUCGCCAAAACCACUGCUCCGGCCUGCAGUCCUGAGGAGAGGCACAUGCUCGUGGUCGGCUGCCACAACGGUAUGGUCCACGGUAAGGGGGAAGGCCAGUGCGUCUCCCCGCUGCACGAGGGAACCAUAAACAACUGCACCCUGGUGGAAGACAUCAGCCUGUCGGACAAGGUGCAGUGCUACGAGAGUCGGAGGGAGAAUGCGGAGAGCCACCUUUGACAAACACCAGGAUGGAGAACUCUGGUGAAGAAAGUUGGAGGGCUUUGAGCUCUCAUCUGGCUCUAACAUACUGCCCCGGGCGGCUGUGAAGAGCCGGGCUGAUAGAGUCAUCUGUCAGAGCGGUCUUCGCUCAGAGGUCAGCGUGACUAGGAGACUGAGCAGCACUCACCCCCUUUCCACAGCCUGAGAAUGGAGAACAAUAUGGCAGACAUCCCAGGCUGAGGGGGUCCAAUGUGUAGUGAGCCUUGUGAAUGGAUUUCUGUAGUUGUUUGUCGGACAGUGUAAGAAACUGCUGCAUGUUGAGCAACGCAACAACAGCAUCUCGAGGCAGAUAAGCCAUGUAAGAUAAUACCAAAAACCCUGAAACCUCAAAUAGCAACAACAGCAACAAAACAUCUAAAAAAAAAAAUAAAAAAAAAGACACAGGGUCCUUGCUUAAGCCUCUGCUUUAAUCUGUGCUGUGUAUCAAAUGUCUGUUUUGUGGUACUGGAGGUUAAAGACAAACUGGACAUUGAACUGCAUACACACGCACAUACACACACACACGCACACAGACAAAAAAGACCAAACAAGUGACACAAAACAAGAUGGUAGGGAACAGAGAAGACUGCUUUUUUCCUUUGCUUUUCUCUGAUAUCUGUAAAUGUUUUUUUGUCUUUACUGACUUUCAUGAAAAAUGUACAGAAAAAGAAGAAACAUUCUGUCGACUGGACCUCAAAAAGCAAGGUAACCGCAGUGUUGUUCAAGUGGCCCCAUCCAGGGCCCGUGGGAAAUUGGCAGCUGCUCUCACCAGGUCAUUCCUGGCUUACAUAUAGACCUUAAAGAAGGUCAAGAGAUGGUAUGGGAUGAAUUAUAAAUAAGCUAAAAUGAUCAUCGCUUGACUUACUUUGGUGUUUUAUAAAUAAAAAUAAAUCUUUUUUAUAUAGGGCUCAACCUUGAAUACUGCUGAGUGCUACAGUUGCUACUGUGUAAAUGUGCUAGGUGUGUUUUCAAGGGGAACAGUUGCAAUUCUGUGCCAUUAAAUGUGUUUUCUUUCCCCUUUUUCAUGAAGAUGUUGUCUGACUCACGUACUAUAUGAACUUCUACACAGUAGCCUACUCAACCUUUGCAGUGAAAGCUGAAUGGGGGGGGGAGGGGGUUGCGCUCAAAUCAAGGCUAAAAAAACACAGCAGACGUAUAGACAUGACCUGUAAAGGCAUGCAUGCAUAAAGUAUGAAUCCAACAUUCUGAUUGAAAACAACAUGUCACCUCUGGCACAUGAUGCUAAAUAUAAGCUGUCGUGCAUGCAGAUUUAGGGCACUUAAGUUGCGCGUGCUGCACAGUGCCAUCACAUCAGUAGAUCCGCUGUACAAAAAGUCAGACUGUGCAUAUGACUGCAUGCGCCCAAUUACUCUGCACAGUGUUUAGUAUUCAACCUUAUCCUGUGUCUGCAGGGGCUGUGGACACGGAACAAAAAAAAAACAAAAAAACAACACUGCACCCUAAAGGUAGAACAAAUUGUCUCUCGUAAGCAUGCUAUUGACAAAGAAAGCUAAAUCAGCAGUGGUACAUUUGCUUCAAAAUUUUUACAGAAACAGAAACUUCUUUUUUUUAAACAUUAGUUAACCUUUGAGUUGUUAAAUAUUUUGCCAGAACUAACUCAACUUGACUAUAUGUAUGACUAUUUGCACAAUGUUAAUUUAUAAUUGCUAAAUACUGUGUGUACAUAUGUGUUUAAACAGGUGAUUUAUCUGAUUGCUGUCAAUAUAUUUCAUGCAUGUCUGUGUGUAUGUAUGUAUGUAUGUGUGUGUGUGUGUGUGUGUGUGUGUGUGUGUGUGUAUGAGUGUAUUUUCAGGUGGGUAUGAAUGUGUGUAGUAUCAGUAUUCCAGAUUUUUGGAUGUGUUGCAGUAGGAUGAUUUACUAGCUGCAGCCAGAGGAGCAGUGCAUUGAUAUUAGCCAGCGCAACUGGUUUAGCCCAGAGCACAGAGGUCAGAGGUCGAUGUGAGUCAGUCCCACUCUAGCAUAUACAGUGUCACACCGCAGGAUGUUCCCAGAAGUCAUGCCUUUAUAAGGAAAGAGAAAAGACACAGCUCUGUGUUUUAUCAUGGAAGCUACUCUCAGUGUCAUUCCUCUGAGUCAUUUUGUAGUUCAGAGUUAAAAUGGAGCAUGACAACAACACACUUGUCAUUCAGAUAAUCAUUCCGUAAGAAAAAUAAAUAAAUAAAUAGCAGACUGACUGCUAUUUCAUCAUCUGCUGAGGAUUGUAAUAGAGGCAGGUAGAUAUCCAAUACUCAGAAUUGAGCUGGGAGCAUGACACACACAGUGGCACUGCUGUUGCUCAGAGGCUGAACUUGCAGUGUUUUUCUUGUUUGGCAGAGCAGGACAAGUGUUUGGAUACUGACAUGGUAACAAAGGAAUGUUGUACACCCUCAGUAAAAUAGCAUUCAAUAGAGUAUAUAAGUAUAUUGCUAAUUUUAUUUCCAAUUAUUACAUGUAUUUUAAGCUGUGACCAUAACCAUGUAUUUUUUUGAAACCAGCAGCUUGGGUCACUCCCCUUUCUGGACCAAAGUGGUUCUGUCUGAAUGUAUUCUUUAAAAGGCCCAAAUCAGUAUGUUUCUUUGUAUUUUCUCUUAAAGGUGGUUAUGUACAGUAUAUUUGGUGUAAGGAUCCAAUCAGUAAAAAAACUGACUGUGUUCAGGUGUAUACAGUUCCAUCAUAUAUUGUGUCUACUUAUCAAAUUUUGUCCAAAUAGUGAAAGAAUAAAUUACAAUGUAUGUGAAAGCUGA